UUUUUUUGACGAUGGUUUACUACAUACGUUUCCUCAAAACCCCUAGAAUCCAGACGCAAAAAACUGGGUCGUGCAUCGUGUCCACCCUUGUCUGUAUCACCACGGACUUGGGAGACGCGUUCUUGUCCCACACAGUGAAUUUACUAGUAACACUAGCCAUUGAGCAUACUAAGCGCAUUGUCUAUCAAGAAUAUGUUGUAUGGCAUGCUGGGAGACGAGAGCUCUCCAUAUAUCUGGGGCCAUUCCCUCGCCAGCUUUCGAAGCAAGACAUCAUCUUGGGAAUCAGUGCCACCGAUGCUCGACAGCCCUAUCCACCUUCUGCAGAUGAUAUGAAUAUACGGGGUAGAUUCAGUAUUCCCUCGGUAAUAUCUGGGUGGAGCGCGCCCUUUGGACACUCAAAUUUAGUAGCGGAAAGCUUGGUCGAGCGACGUCUUCGUCUCAAGGACGAACUGGAUCUGAGAAUCUGGGAGGAGACUGGAAACAGUAUCGCUCGACACAUCUGGGACGCAGCGCUUGCAUCUAUCAUAUACCUCCGAGAUGCGAUUGAUGGCCAGGCAGAGACCAUGCUUUUGCUGCGGGAGCGUCUGCAGAGCCAGGGCAGUCUGCGCAUUCUCGAGCUAGGAUCAGGAUGCGGAAUUGUUGGCAUCGCCUUAUCCCAAUUGCUCUCUACAUGCUCCAUUGUUCUCACGGAUCUACCGGAGGUGGAGGAUAUUGUAACACGCAACACAGCGGCUGCAAACCCAGCUCGCUCUUCUUCACUUGAGUUCCAAGCCCUAGACUGGGACGAGGAGCUCUCAGCACGCAUUUGCAAUGGUGGUAAUGAUCUAAUUGUCGUUUCAGAUUGUACGUAUAAUGCAGACAGUUUACCAGCACUGGUCUCUGUGAUGACCAAACUGGUUCAGCUGUCUCCAGGUGCUCUCAUUCUGGUUGCUGUGAAGAGACGGCAUGAUAGUGAGGCUGUAUUUUUCGAUCUGAUGCAGGCCGCAGAGCUCUCCAAGUUGGAUCAAGACACUAUCAAGCUACCAUCGCAGCAUGACGAUGAAGACCAAAUUGAACUCUACACCUAUGGACGGAAAGCAAAAGAGAAUAUUUCUACAUGAGUAGCCUUGUCUGUCUAUGAAAGUCACCUUUCCAAAGGAAAGCACACCAGACUUCGCCGUGAAGCUAUACUUUGCCAAUAGCUGAAAAUUGGACCUGGCCAUCAAGAUGAUCUGAAGAUACCCUUUGUACAUAGAGUACACAUACUAGACCAAACCCAAAGACCUUGCAUUGAU